CUUUUGUUUUUAUUCUUUCUCUUGUCAAGAAAUAUCAAACGGAGGUGCGUUACAUUUAUUUUUUAUUUUUUUUACUUUGAAAGCUCAGCCGGAAGUCACACAUUUUGGAUACGCUAGCUUGUCAUUUGAGUUGCCAAAGUAGUCGGAAGGAGGAGUCUGAGGCAGUAUCAGGGUAACAUGAUGUAGUUAAACCUAAACACAGACUGUGUGACUUAUAAUAUCAAGAAGUCGCUGUUUUUCCCCCCUCUGUUUGGUUGGAAACUAAUUCGUGUUUUUGACAUCCAGCCGACGUCAUGUUCCUGCGGGGGUCAAAAAAGCGACGGUCUAACCGCUCGCAGGAGGAAGAGGACCCAGACAGAGGGCAGCCCUGCAUGCGCUGUGGGGAUCAGUGCCCUGGCUUCCGUGUCCACGGCUGGAGAAAGAUUUGUGUUCACUGCAAGUGUGUGCGAGAGGAGCAUGUCGUGCGUUCAGUGCCGGGCCAGCUGGAAAAGAUGAUGACAAAGCUGGUAUCAGACUUCCAGAGACACUCCAUCUCUGACGACGACUCAGGCUGCGCCUCAGAGGAGUACGCAUGGGUCCCACCUGGGCUCAAGCCCGAACAGGUUUACCAGUAUUUCAGCUGCCUGCCGGAGGACAGAGUGCCUUAUGUGAACAGUCAAGGAGAGAGAUACCGAAUCAAACAACUUCUGCACCAGCUCCCGGCCCACGACAGCGAGCCUCAGUACUGUAACGCUCUGGACGACGAGGAGAAGAAGGAGCUGCGUUUGUUCAGUCAGCAGAGAAAAAGAGAAAACUUGGGCCGAGGCGUCGUCAGACUCUUCCCAGUGACGAUGACGGGAGCCAUCUGCAAGCAGUGCGGCAGGCAGAUCUGCGGUGGAGACAUAGCUGUGUUUGCCAGUCGGGCGGGACACAGCAACUGCUGGCACCCUCAGUGUUUCCAGUGUGCCUCCUGCAGCGAGCUUCUGGUUGAUCUGAUCUACUUCUACCAGGAUGGACAGAUCUACUGCGGCCGGCACCACGCUGAGAGGCUCAAACCCCGCUGCCAGGCCUGUGACGAGAUUAUUCUGGCGGAUGAAUGUACGGAGGCAGAGGGAAGAUACUGGCACAUGAAGCACUUCUGUUGUUUUGAGUGUGAGGCGGCGCUGGGCGGUCAGCGUUACAUCAUGAAAGAGAGUCGACCGUACUGCUGCUCCUGCUACGAGUCGAUGUAUGCAGAGUACUGCGACACCUGCGGAGAACACAUAGGUAUCGACCAGGGCCAGAUGACCUAUGAAGGUCAGCACUGGCACGCUGUGGAGACGUGUUUCUGCUGGCGCUGUCAGCUCCCUCUGCUGGGGCGUCCAUUUCUCCCUAGAGCCGGGCUCAUCUUCUGCUCAAGAUCCUGCUCGCUUGGAGAAGACCCCAGUAACUCUGACUCGUGUGACUCCGCGCUGCAGAGCAGAAUGUCUCAGCACAGGCGUGGUGGGACAGCAGAGAGGCAACAGCAGCCCCAGUGUGGGUCACUACUGCAGCCACUAGAGGGCAUCAGUCCUCCUAUUACUCCUGCAAAAGACUACAUUCACACUGCAGUGGAAAACAGAGUUAUACGUCAGGUGAUAUAUUUAUUUUUAGAAAGAGUUCUCACACAUGUCUCUACACUGCUCCUCUCAGGUGUUCACUGUACUGCUCCAGUGCAAAACGGAGCUCCUUCACCAAGAGGCUCCUACUCCCCUCUUCCACACAUUCAUCUAGGAAAUGGCUUAGGUCCAUCUUGGCCCAGUGACCUUCCUCAUUACAGUUUACUUCCUGCAGACAGUGGCAUCAAACCUCCUGUGGCUGGUCAUCAGUUUCAGGCACAGCUCAAUGGGAACACUGGACUAACUAGUCUUAAUUCAAGAGGAACCUCCACGGCUAAAGACUGCAGGAACUGGGUGGAAAAGACAAAUCAAGUUAUGCAAGUGUUUCCUCCUCAGAUAAACUCCCAUGUGAACCCCCUCAUUUCACCCGACUCCCCUACCCUCCCGCCCAACCCCUCCAUCCUGCCUCCUCCUCUGCCCAUUAAAUCUAAAGACUUGAUGCCCCCGGAGUUGUCUCCACCAAUCCUUCCCCCACCAGAGAUUUGCCCCUCUGAUUCUCCACCUCCGCUGACUCGCAGCAGCACAGCCAGAGUCAGCUUCAGAGAGCCGAUCAGCAGCAGCUACUCUGUCGACGACGAUGAAGAUGAGAACGAGGAGGAGCUGCAAGAGGGAGUGGAAAACCAGCAGGAUGAAGAUCAGGUGGAGGAAGGUUUCGGAAGCAGGUUAAAUCUACAGAAAGGCAUCCCGCCGCAGAUGGAUCUACUGGAUGGAUCCUCUUACCAGCAGCGUAGUCUGAGGCGAGGCUGGAGUCGCAGCCGUGUCCCCUCCGACCCCGCUCUCCACCCGGGACCGGAGAGGCACUGCCAUCGCUCGCGGUCCGAGCGCCCUCAGCUGGACACGCUCGAUUGGAAAGGUGACAAAGAGAGGGACAACCGGGGCUCUGCCUCAUUGACCCUCCACCCUGGCCAUUACAAACACGGAGACUCCUGCUCCACCUGCUCCUCGUCCUCAGACUCGGAGGAAGAGGGCUUCUUCCUGGGACCCAUCCCUCUGCCUCCCCAGCUUCGAAAGCAACCACAGGAGGAGGGCAAGGAAAGAGAGGGAGGGGAGGAGAGGGAGGUGCAAAGAGACUCAGGGCUGAGAGGAAGCUUCAGGCGGAGACGAGCUCACAGUCUGGGUGCAAAGGACAAAGAUAAAAACUGUGCUAUCUCCUAACCCCAAACACAAAAAUCAAAACACGGCUAUUGUUUUCUAAAUUAUGGUGCUCAAAAGGAGCUUAUGACCCUCAUCAGUCUCAUGUUCAGGCUGUUUAUCAGUUUUAUGAUGUAGAGAAUCAAACACACACAUGCAGACUCACAAAGGUGAACCACAGCUGUUGUUCCUGGAAUACGCCUCAGCAAAGGGAAGCACGAUAACCCUCAGAGGAGUCACUGCUUGUUAUUGUAUGGUGCUGACUUACAUUGAGUCACUUUUUAAAUGUUACAGAGAAGAAAAAGAUGUGAUGAAUAAUGUGAUGAAUGUGGAGUGAUUAUUGGUAGUAUUCGGAUUAUAAGUGUGAACACAACCGUCACUGAAACGUUUUUUUUUUUUAGCAUUACACAUAAUUUACAUAUGCAAACUUACAGAAGCAAAUGUGACCAGGAACUGACUGCAAUUUCCUCUUUCAAGGUUUCUAAAAUAUGUAAAGCUCUACAGUGACAGACUGUAAUCUUUCCUCUUAUGUGCGAUUAAACAACUGUAAUAGAAUACAGCAAUGAACACUACAUGGCCAAAUGGGAUGGAAAAAAAUGCUUUAGCACUGUGGUUGUUUUGUACUGAGGAAAUCAAAAAAGGAGAGAACAUCUGUUGCGUUUGUUGUAUAUUCCAAACAAAAUACUGCAAAGUAUAUAUACGCAUUUGUGUCUUAAAACAGAUCAACAACAGAAAACACUUUUACGACCCUAAAGGUCAUUUAUUUUUAUAUAUUCGUGGUGAGGGGCGCUGUGUUUCUUUGUCUGGGUAAGAGGAAAAGAUUUUCAUGACCGUUUCUGUUUCUCUUGAUUGUGCAACAAAAUGUUCUUGUGUUAUUAAAUGUGUCUUUAAUUUG